UGGCAACAUUGCACAAAGGUAACUCCAAAGAGUGAGAAAACGUGAGAAAGUAUAUUGAAGUUAAUUUUGAGCUUUUGAAAAAUUUAUUUUUUCAAUAAUGUCUCAACAACUUAAAGAUUUUGCAAGUCGAUUGCCCAAAGGAGGUGGUGGUUUAGCUACAGGACUAAAGCUUUUAAUUGCUGCUGGCGGCUUGGCUUACGGAGUUACCCAAUCUGUGUACACCGUUGAUGGUGGUCAUAGAGCUAUAAUAUUUAGUCGCAUUGGUGGAGUGAAAAAUGACAUUUAUGGUGAAGGCCUUCAUUUUAGGAUUCCCUGGUUUCACUAUCCUAUUAUAUAUGACAUCAGAGCCAAACCACGCAAGAUAUCCUCUCCAACUGGUAGCAAAGAUCUUCAGAUGGUGAAUAUAUCUUUGAGAGUGCUAGCUCGUCCCGAUAGUCUUACCCUCCCUCACAUGUAUAGAAUGCUGGGAACUGAUUACGAUGAAAGAGUGUUGCCUUCUAUCUGUAAUGAGGUUUUAAAGAGUGUUGUAGCUAAAUUUAAUGCCUCUCAACUAAUUACUCAACGUCAGCAAGUAUCACUGCUUGUUAGAAAAGAACUAAUUGAUCGAGCGAGAGACUUCAAUAUCAUUUUAGAUGAUGUGUCUAUUACUGAACUUAGUUUUGGUAAAGAAUAUACUGCUGCAGUUGAAGCUAAACAGGUUGCCCAACAAGAAGCUCAGCGAGCUGCCUUUGUUGUAGAACAAGCAAAGCAAGAGCGUCAACAAAAAAUUGUGCAGGCUGAAGGUGAAGCAGAAGUAGCUAAGAUGUUAGGAGAUGCCAUUUCUAAGAAUCCUGGUUACUUGAAAUUAAGAAAGUUACGAGCUGCUCAGAAUAUUGCUCGCACUAUUGCCAAUUCCCAGAACAGAGUGUAUAUAAAUGCUAAUGCCUUGAUGUUGAACAUUGCUGACAAAGAUUUUGACUUUGUCGACCUUCUCAAGAAGAACUAAUUUUCAUAUAUGAAUAUUCCGAAAACAAACUUUGUAUUGAUAAAAUCAAAUAGUUUCAUUCACUGAUGUCACUGUUGAGAGUAUAGCAUAUUAGAUGAUUAAUACAUUUGUUAAUAAAAUUGUAACAAACUUA